UUGACAUUGACACUUGACAUUGCACUGGUAUUUCUAGACUAUAUUAACUAUACUCUUUGAUUGGCAAUUACCAGAACGGCUAGCUGCUUAUACAAAACAAAACAAUUUAUAAUAUGGUUGCAAAUUCUGUAUACCUAGAUUGCUCUAAAUGUUAGCUCAGUUAUAACCAUCAUUAAUGGAGAACUUUUCAAAAGUGGAAAAAAUCGGGGAAGGAACAUAUGGAGUAGUUUAUAAAGCAAGAGAUCGAAUAACUGGAAAAGAAAUUGCUUUAAAGAAAAUAAAACUUGAAAAUGAGCCGGAGGGUGUACCAUCAACGGCAUUGCGAGAGAUCUCAGUGCUGCGAGAGCUGAAGCAUCCCGCUGUUGUGCGGCUUUUAGAUGUGUUGCUGGUUGACUCAAAGUUGUUCCUUGUUUUUGAAUGCCUGCACAUGGAUCUCAAACGUCUAAUGGAUCUGACUAGUGGACCUUUAGAUUUAGAUCUAGUUAAGAGCUACCUGCGGCAGCUGUUGGAGGGUGUGGCAUACUGCCACGGGCAGCGCGUGCUGCACCGUGACCUCAAGCCACAGAACCUGCUAGUGGACGCGGAGGGGCGCAUCAAGAUCGCGGACUUUGGGCUGGCGCGCGCCUUCGGCAUUCCGGUGCGCGCCUACACGCACGAAGUGGUCACGCUGUGGUACCGCGCGCCAGAGAUCCUGCUCGGAGCCAAAUUCUACUCCACGGCGGUGGACGUAUGGAGCCUCGCCUGCAUUUACGCAGAAAUGGCGAGCGGGCGCACUCUGUUCCCGGGCGACAGCGAGAUCGACCAGCUGUUCCGCGUGUUCCGCGCGCUGGGCACGCCCGGCGAGGCGCUGUGGCCCGGCGCGCGCCAGCUGCCCGACUUCCGCGCCGCCUUCCCGCGCUGGCCGGCCCGCCCUGCGCGCAGCCUGCUGCCCGACGCGGCGCGCGCCCAGCCCCACGCCGCCGCGCUCUUCGAGGCCAUGCUGCGCUACGAGCCCGCGGAGCGCGUGCCGGCGCGCGCGGCCGCGGCGCACGCCUACCUGGCGGACGCGCGCCGCGUGCCCCCGCGCCUUCCGCCCGCGCCCGCGCCCACGCCCACGCCCGCCUCCCCCGUGCCCACGCCCACACCCGACACGCUGCCCUAG